AUGUUAGCAGAAAAGGAGACUCACCCGAUGGACAUACCGUCUUCGCCACUGGGCACCUCGGAGGGGAGUCUGUAUGAGGACUCAACGCCUCCGACGACUCCAGCUUCGAGUCCUUUGUUCGGUGCCUCCAGAGGAGAUGAGCUUGUCUCGUCAAGCUUUCCAUCUUCGUCGGCUACUUAUAAUCUCAGCUCCGAGCAGAGAGUUCACGACAUUCCCAGGGUGGUCAAAAACGUCUGCGUCGUAGGUGCGGGGUAUGUAGGUGGCCCGACCGCUGCAGUCCUCGCGCUCCAUAACCCGUCCGUCGCAGUCGAAGUCGUAGACCGAGACCCUCGUCGCAUUCAGAGAUGGGAGUCACCUCAUCUUCCAGUUCAUGAACCAGGCUUGGGCAACGUUGUCCGCGUAGCGAGGGACGGCGCAAAUUUUGCGACUUCGAGUGCUUCCAUUGCAGCCAUCUUAGGGGACGUGAAGCGGAAGCCCAACCUAUUCUUCACAUGCGACUCAGCUAGUAGCAUCGCUCGCGCUGACAUGGUCUUCCUUGCGGUGAACACACCCACAAAGACGUAUGGAUUAGGCGCUGGAAGAGCUACUGAUAUGACAGCCGUCGAUGAGGCUGUACGAGAGAUUGCGCUCCAUGCAAAACCUGGCGCAGUCAUCGUGGAGAAGAGUACGGUGCCGUGUGGCACUGCUCAGCGGAUCCGACAGAUGUUCGCCACCCUCCGACCAGAACUCCCCUUCGAGGUACUUUCCAAUCCGGAAUUUCUAUCCGAAGGCUCGGCCAUCGACAACCUCGUCAAACCUGACCGCGUCCUCAUCGGAUCCUCAGGGACACCAGCAGGUCGUCGUGCAGCAAACAUGCUCACAAGCCUGUAUUCCACCUGGGUACCAGCAUCACGUAUCCUCGAAAUCAACUCCUGGUCCUCGGAGCUAUCCAAGCUAGUAGCCAAUGCCAUGCUCGCCCAGCGCAUCAGCAGUAUCAACUCCAUAAGUGCCAUCUGCGAGAAGACCGGCGCCGAGGUCGACCAAGUAGCCAAAGCCGUCGGCAUGGAUACACGUAUUGGACCCCAAUUUCUCAAGGCAGGUCUAGGAUUCGGCGGGUCAUGCUUCCGCAAGGAUAUCGCCAGUUUGACAUAUCUGGCUGAGACCCUGGGGCUGGAAGACGUCGCGCAGUAUUGGAAUCAGGUCAAUGACAUGAAUGCAAUGCAGCGGAACCGAUUCGCCAGAAAGGUGAUUAAUCGAUUCGAGGGCAAUUUGCAUGGUCGUAAGAUUGCUUUACUUGGUUUUGCGUUCAAGAAGGAUACGGGAGAUACGCGUGAGUCCUUGGCAGCGGAUGUGGUCCGACUUUUGAUGGAGGAGAGGCCGAUGGAAAUCGCCAUAUACGAUCCUUACUGUCAGGAAGAGGAUAUCCUUCGCGAGCUAGAGGUGGUCUUGGCUAAUCACUCGGAGAAGAAUAGUGCCGUGAAGGUUCUUGCCGAUCCUUAUCUGGCUUGUUCUCAGGCACAUGCAGUCCUGGUCUUGACGGACUGUGACCAGUUCCGGAAUGUUCCUGCUAACUCUCGACGUCGUUCGUUGUUGGCCUAUCAGCCAGCUGUUACUAGAGUGGAUCAAGAAGUAUAUGAUAGUCUAGCCGAGGUGAUUAUGGCUCCUGUCAAGCCAGAAGAGGAGACCUGGACGUUCAAUGGAAUAUCCUACCGUCUUGCCCCACAACAAGGUUGCGCCGCUGAUUGCGCAUCCUGUCGAUCAACAUCCAGCCGACCUGCAACUGCCGAGCCGCUGGAGUGGGCGCGCAUUGCUUACAACUUGAAAGAGCCCAAAUGGGUGCUUGAUGGCCGGUGUUUCCUGGACGUACGGGAGAUGGAGAAAUUAGGCAUUCAACUGGAUACUGUUGGACGGCGGCCUGGUACAUCACAAUCGAACGAUACCACUAGCGUUGGUAUUUGA